GCGGCGGCGGCGGCAGGCGUGAGCACCCUGCGGGAUGCCCAAGAAGUUCCAAGGGGAAAAUACCAAGUCGGCCGCUGCCCGUGCGAGGAAGGCUGAGGCCAAGGCAGCGGCUGAUGCCAAGCGGCAGAAGGAACUGGAGGAUGCCUUCUGGAGGGACGAAGACAAGCACGUCAUGCGGAAGGAGCAGAGAAAGGAGGAGCGGGAGAAGCGUCGCCUGGAGCAGCUGGAGCGCAAGAAGGAGCUGCAGCGCUUGCUGGAGGAGGAGGAUGCCAAGCUGAAGGGCAAGGCGCCCAGGCCGCCUGGCCCCGGGAAGGUCACCCGGGCGCAGAUUGACGAGGCCCUCCGGAAGGAGCUCAAGGAGAAUGGAGACGCCCCCCCUGAGAAGUCGAAGAGCCACCUGGAGACGCCCCUGGAGGAGAACAUCAACCGUCGGAUCCUGGAGGAAGGCUCGGUGGAAGCCCGGACCAUCGAAGACGCGAUCGCGGUGCUCAGCGUGGCCGAGGACCUGGACCGGCACCCCGAGCGCAGGAUGAAGGCGGCCUUCUCUGCCUUCGAGGAGGUGAACCUCCCCCGCCUGAAGCAGGAGAACCCCAACAUGCGCCUCUCUCAGCUGAAGCAGCUGCUGAAGAAGGAGUGGAUGAAGGCCCCCGAGAACCCCAUGAACCAGCGGCAUGUGGCCUACAACAGCCAGAAAUGAGACCCGUGGCCCCCUCCCUCCCCCUGCCCCCCAUAGGCACCAGGGUCCCCCUCCCCCUGCAAGCAGGCACCAGGGCAGGGUUGCUGGCUGGGGGAAAU